UGAACUCCCGACCUCAGGUGAUCCACCCACCUCGGCCUCCCAAAGUGCUAGGAUUACAGGCGUGAGCCACAGCGCCUGGCCGACAGUAUUCUUUCAACAGACAUUUGCAGACCACCAAAUUGUGUACCUGGCAGUAGGCCUUGGAGAUCUAGCGGAAAGCAGAGGCCCACAGGAUCUCUGCGUAAGUAGGACCCCGCAUGGAGAAGGUGAAUUCUGACUGGGCUUGGAGUAGGGAGGUUCAUAUUUCCCACUCAAGGCCACAGUUUUCCCCUUUGUAAAAUGGGACUGCAGGGAGAGCUGGAGGACAAAAUGACCGCCUCUGAUCCAGCCCAGCUACCUUCUUGGUAUACGGCAUCUGAGACCAUGAUCUCCAGGUUUCCUGUAGAGGAGCGGGGGUUCCCCUUGGAGGCUAGUGGUAGGAGUGCUUAUGUGUAGAGGUACGAGGAUGCAAAGACCGAGCUCUGCCCUUAACCCGGCAGGGAGGAAGUCUUCCCCUCUCUGAGCCUCAGUUUCUUCCGGCCGAAAAUGUGCAUCCCAGAUGCCCCCAACUCGCAGGCAGGAAAAGCGGACCAAAGUGCCCCGCAAAGCCGCGGGCCGGGUGGCGACCCGAGUUGUGCUGGCUUCCAAGCCUGCGAGCCAGCCCGUGACCACGUGGGGCGGUAGCGGCGGCGCGGGCGGAACCCAGGCUCCGCGGCUAGCCGCCUGCCCGGGCCUCUGCAGCUGGGGCGCCGGCGGAAGUGGGGGCGCCAGUAGCGGUGUACCUCGGUGAGUGCGGAGUGGUGAGGGGGGUCGCCAGCAGGUUCCCUUUCCCCGGUCCCAGGUCUGGACGCCCACCCCCGUGCAACGGCCGGAGUGACGGGAAGAGGCAGGACCGUGCCUGCAGCUCCGGCAGGAGGGACGUUCUUGUCCCCAGACGCCCGCAUCAGGGACUCUUUGGUCCCGGUCACCGGCAGCGGGAAUGUCCCACGCGGGUGGAGUGAGGAGAAGGGAGAAAGCGGAAAACUCCCCCUCGGGAAAAUAAUAAAUGGCCACGAUAUCAGCAGCGUCGGUGGCAGUCAUCCCGCUUUACCUAGAGCGGAAUCGCUCGCCCGGUCUGAGUCUGGAGGUCUGGAGGCUUCUCUGUUAACCGGAUAACUCGGCUGGUUCCCCACUCUGGCAAUUGCGAAGAAUUGGCACAACGUUUGUCCACUGAGCUAAUCUCAUCUCUGGAGCACCGAGGCCACCAGGAAGGAGCCAAGACAAUGCAGACUCCAGUGACCAUUCCUGUGCCUGUGCUCCGGCUGCCCCGGGGCCCUGAUGGCUUCAGCCGUGGCUUUGCCCCUGAUGGACGGAGAGCUCCCUUGAAGCCAGAGGUUCCUCAAAUCCAGGAGUGCCCCAUAGCUCAAGAAUCCCUGGAAUCCCAGGAGCAGCAGGCCCGAGCCGCCCUUCGGGAGCGAUACCUCCGAAGCCUGCUGGCCAUGGUGGGUCGUCAGGUGAGCUUCACAUUGCACGAGAGUGUGCAUGUGGCCGCCCACUUUGGAGCCACCGAUCUGGACGUGGCCAACUUCUACGUGUCACAGCUGCAGACACCCAUAGGUGUGCAAGCAGAGGCGCUGCUCCGAUGUAGUGACAUUAUUUCGUAUACCUUUAAGCCAUAAAGAUAUUGUUCACCUUUCCGCUUGAGGCUAAGCCACUGAAUCCCAGGCCUUCCAAUGUUCUGGAGCCAGGAACUCUGGGCCCCACGGAGUUAUGAGCUCCCGUGGAAUUUUGAACCAAGGCUUAAGCAAGUCUGGACUCCUGAGACCUCCUGGGUCUAAUCAGCAAAAUUCUGCAACUCUAGGAAUUCUAAGAUCCCAUUAGAAGGAAUGCUGUGCCUCACAGAACUCUGAACUCUACAGAAGUAUGGGCUUGAUGCUAUUUCCUGAAGACCCGGGCAUCGGGGUGGGGUGAUAAAGGAGGACAAACUGCACAGGGGGAAGUUGUUUAUUAAAGAGAUUGCAAAAUUCAGCCACCCUGAAGAUACUCUCCCCAGUGCUCCCCUCCUGCUAAAGAACCAGUUACCCCAGGAAAA